AAAGAAAAAUACUAUUUCUUUAAAGUUAAAAUUUGUUUUGCUUAACAACACCACUAGAAGACACUGAUUAAUUAAUCAUCGGCUACUGGAUGUCAAAUAUAGUAGUAGUCUACAGAGGUUCAAGCCGCCUGUACAUGUUCCCAUUCGCAGCAAGUCAUGGCCAAGGUUAUUACAGCCCCACCUCGAUUCACUCAUGAGGAGUGGACGAGAUCUAAUUUAACCAAAUAUGCCAAUGCUGAUGUGGAAAGGGCUGCAGCUGAAAGACUGGUCGAUGAAUCAAAACGUUUGGCCGAUGAAACAGAAAAGAGAUCAGAAAAAUCUCAAAGAGAUGUGAACAAGAAAUUACAACAAAGAAUUGAUGAUAUUAAAUACUGGAAGAAAGAACUAGAUGACAAACUAGAUGGAAUUACUACUGAAACGGACAAUCUCGGAGCGUUCAAGAACCGAGUUGAAAAGGCACUGGAAGCCACAGAGGAACCACUACACAUAGCCAGACAAUGCUUAGCAAACAGGGAAAGGCGAAAAGGAAUCGACCUUGUGCAUGAUGAUGUUCAGAAGGAAUUGAUCAAGGAGGUGGAGACGCUGGAAGGUGUCCAGGCUCUUCUCAACAGAACUCUUGAACAGGCAACCGAACAAAUCAGACUGAACAGGAAGGCCAAAUAUCUGCUAGAAAAAGACUUAAAGGACAAGUUUUCUGCUGUCAGCAUUGAUGAAUACUGUGAGAAUCUGAAAAACAACUCGGCAGACAUCAGAUUUAAGGAUGGUGUUGCCAAAAUAGAAGCAAACUCUGUAUCACCCGAGGACUGGCAGGACUUUUCUAACGACAACAUUGAGAAUGCCGAACGUGAACGUCAGAAUUCCGUCGAGCUGCGCACUCUGGUGGACGGCAUCCUGCAGCAGACCGCCAACGACAUGCGCAAGCAGUGCAGUGAUGUGAAUCUGGCGUUCACCAAGCGUAUCGCAGAGACCAAGGACACCAAGGGCAAACUGGAGGACAACCUCAACAAGGUGCUGGCUCAGAUCAAGGAGAUGGAGGAGAACAUCACGCGACUCAAGAAGGCGAUCGCCGACAAGGACGCACCACUGAUGCUGGCCCAGACGCGACUUGACACGCGAGCCCAGCGACCCAACGUGGAGCUGUGUCGCGACCCCGUGCAGUACCGACUCAUUGAGGAGGUCGGGGAGAUCGAACAGUCCAUUGCCAGACUCCAGGACCGGCUGAACGAUGCCGUCAAGUCGAUGAAGGGACUGGUCCGCAACAAGCAGGCCCUGGAGGAGGACAUAGAGAUCAAGGCCAACACAAUCUUCAUCGACGAGGUUGAAUGCAUGGGAAUGAGGAAAAGCAUCAACAUUCAGAGUUUCUAAAUAGACUAUAAGAUUAAAAAAGGAAACACCCAUCAACUGUAAAACUUUGAAAAGCAAAAUAUUGUUGACUGUUGUGAACAAAUGCCAAAAUGAUUUAAAAGAGAAAUUGGUUCCAGUUGCCCCUUUAAACUGCUUCGUUACAAAUCUGCUGUCAACUCUGUGUAAUUACCGUUAAAUGGUUCUUUGUUAAGCUGCUGCAACACGUUUUGACCGCUUUGAACCAUUUCUUACUAUUCUAUAGUAUGUCUUUGACCUGUUUGAACCAUUUCCUAUAAAUCUGCUGUGGCCACAUUAAUAAUCUGUUACAGCACCUGUGACCCCAUUAUUUAUGUGCUUCAGCACCUGUGACCACACUGUUAAUGUGCAUCAGCACCUGUGACCCCACUUAAUGUGCUUUAGCACCUGUCACAUGGUUAAUAAUCUGCUGUUAAAUCGUUUUUCUAGAGUGGGACAAUUUCUCAGUUUCAUCACAAAUACAUAUACUUUCACACUACUUGAUGUGGAUAUUGGUUGUGGAUGAUACAGUAUUAACAGAAAUAAUAAAAGAAGGAUCAGCUUCUGUAUGGUCAGUUCGGUGCAUCUCUAUAGUAAUUCUUUUUCUCUUUUUUUUAGAAAUUUGUUGUUAUUGCUGGUCAACUAAUUAGGUUUAACAAUUCCACCCACAAUGCACAUGCUGUUAGUUGUCUACAAAAUACCAGUAGAUGUACCAAAGUAUGAUGACCGGUCUAUUUUAAAACUGAUAUUUUAUUUUAUCAUAUAGAUUAUAGUGAAUACCACAUAUAGGUAUCACACACACAAAAUAUAAUAUAUAUAUAUACAUGCUGAAUGUGAAGGCUUGUUUUUCACAGUUAAUUGAAUAGUAUUUGCAAAUUUCAUUUCUUUGUAUACAAUUCAUGAUUUUACAUUAAAAUAUUUAUCAGGAAUUGUCGAGUUGUUUAAAUCACUUGAACAAGAAUAAUGGUUGUUAAAGCAAUCCUUUACAGUUCAUGUUCCUACAUGUCUGUCAGUGCCAAAUAUUGUAUACAAGGUUAAAAUGGCGAAUACAGCGAUGCUCCUCAAGAGUGGCAAUUCGCCAUUCAACGUGAGCAUUAUAGACAAGUUAGGAUCAGCUAAAUGUUUUACAAGAAAGGAACGUCAGAUAUUAGCCAUCCAUCUCUACCUUUCUAGCAUUUACAAUUUUAAAAACAUUAUUAUAAUAUGUACAUUAGUUUAGCAAUGGAAGAGUCCACGCUACAGUUGUCAAAGGGAUGUUGAAGUGUAAAGCUUUAGUUUUCUAGGUCUAGGAAUAUGUUGUGAUUAAACCUGUGAAUUCUUCA